UCAAAUUUCUGUUGUGCUUUUCCUUCAAUACUCACUUGCUGGUUAGUGAUGUUACUAGACAUUAGACAUGAAGCGUCAGAGUUACGUUGGGUGUUCACAGGACAUUCGUUUUUGACUGUGUGUUAUACUUGUGUUCGUCUGUGUUAUAUACCUUUCAGCUGUGUAGUAUAGCCUAGGCUACUCUUUAUAAACUCGGCAGUAGUAUGUUUUGAGUGAAAGCAUUUACAUAACUGGCGAGGGUUUGUAAAUUAACAGAAAGCUUACAGAGAGUUAUUCGUAAUUGACUUUCCUUUCUUGGAGGUUUUCGACAUGUCUGUGUUUGGAGUUCCCCGGUGAUAGAACUCCGAAGAACAGCUCCUCAAAGUGCCCUGUGCUGUGAUACGCCGAAGACGUGAGUUCGAUUCCCUCUUUGAAAGACACGCCACAAUAUCGUCUAGCAUGUCUGUCCCAGAUGACAAAGACCUCAUCUAUGAUCUGUUCCACCAGCCCGAAAGUGCAGAAAGCCAAAGCUCUCCGUACACGCCGGAUCCGCGUCCCUUUCCCUUCGACCAAUGGAGAACUCUAGAAAUCAACUCUCCUCCCCCCUUGACCAAGUUCUCAGAAGCGAGUUUGACUUCCCAGCGUGAGCGUGAAUCUUUCCAGGCUCCAGACUUCUACGACUUGCAUUCGCAGGCUCGAAAUAGUGGUGCUAGCGUGACUGAUGAUAGACAGGUGCCCUGCAUAUUAAAUAGGCCCUGUAUCAAAGCGACGAAGCGUUCUCAGUCAGUCCCUGAACCUUCCCGCAUUGGCUCAGUCGCUGAACCUUCACACAUUGGCUUAUUUAUUGAACCUCCACACUCAUCCUUGUUCAAUGAAACUUCACACUCAGGCUUAGGAACUGAAUCUUUACACUCUUCCUUAUUUAUUGAACCUUCACACUCAGGUUUAGGAACUGAAUCUUCACACUCAAGCUCAUUCAUUGAACCUUCACACUUAGGUUCAGUUAUUGAUCUGUCACACUCAGGCUUAAUCACUAAUUCUACAGACACAGCCUUACUCACUAAAGCUUCACACACUUCCUAUGAUGCUACACCAGUACACACUAGCUUACCCAGGAGCUUGGCGACCGAGGACCAAUCUCACAUACCUUUAGACAGUUCAGAUGAGGUGCUGCACGAUACACGAGAAGCCUUUAAAGUCUAUAGAUACGACAAUUCACCUCGAGAGGGUUGCAAUAACAACGCUAACAGAACGACUUCCUCUACGUUUCUCACGGAAAGAGAUACGAACAAUCGGGACCAGCUGUCUUUUCCAGCUGGAAAUAAUGGACGUUUUGCAGAAUUGCACGCCUCGACAAGGUGCUCAAACAAUAUUGAAGAGUCCCACUUAGUUGGUAUUGACUUCGACGACUUGGACAUUCUUGCCCCAGCACAUUUUGAUAAUUUAGAACACGAGAACCUCCAAACGGUCUUGCAGACUUUGGCUGAUGGUGUAGAUGAAUCCUCACUACACGAAAUCACAGCAUCGUCUGUUUCCGCCCAGGUCUUCAGGGACCACUCUCCAAGCGGUUGCAAAAACGAACUAUCCGAAAGAGACGUGUAUACACUUACUUCUUCUUCGUCUGGAUACAGAACUAGCUGCACUGUUCCGGCUUCUAGAGAUGGGUCUGAUGGCGGAGUAAUCCAAACGUCUGACCUGCCUGUGCCUGGCUCAGACCUCUUCGAUUUGCUCAGCUGGCUCAAAUCGAAUAGCCUUUCGACAGAACAGGCGGUCGAUGUAGACGAAGACUUUCUUAACCCUCGUAACAACUCCGUGCGUUCAGCUGUCGACACGACAAAUCAGAACCCAUGUAUUUUGGAGUUUUCUUAUCAGUUUAAAUGCGAUGAAGCCGAAAUGACACUCCAAGAAGUGGCCACGCAACCUAUACUCCAGCCAGAAUACUGCCAAACCCAAUACCUCGAUAGCUUCACGUCUUGUGGGGCUGGUGACGGCCUCAACAUACCUCAACCUUCCAGUGACCACAUGACGUCACUGUCUCUCCCAAGUCUUGACGGCGAUAACUUUGCUCAGACGCCGCCAGAGGGCGUACCUGGCCAGCACCAGAUUGGCACAAGUCAUCAUGUUUACCCUCCGGACUGCUUCAGGGAAAAGAAUGAGUUUCAUCUCAGUGCUUCGAGUAUACCACCACAUCGAGAUCGGCACAACAAUGAAGGACUGGGAAAUACCAGCAGACUUGGCUUUCCCUGUAAUCCUGCGGGUCGACCAGAAAGCGAUGUCAUCACGUCAAAAGAGCAUAAUCAGCCCUUACCUUUACAGCUUCAGGUAUGGGACCCAGACUAUUUUCUUCACUCAAUAACCUCAACAGACAGUUCAAUCAAUUAUGACACAGUCCCCGUUUACGAAAGUCCAAACUCUGAUACCGUAAUCAAUUUGGAUUUCGUUACGAAGGAAAAGGACGCCACCACCACACCAAACCAUUGGGGAAAUGACGCUAAAUUUGCCACGGCCAAAUCAGACGCGGGCACUGUCUCGACUAUCACUCGAGCAGCAGCAAAUGUGCCUCUGACGUCUUUGUCAUUUCUGAAAGAGCCCAGGGGCGGAAUAGAUCCUCGUCCUACUACUUCUGAAUUCAAAGGCGGCCCACACCACUUGCCUAAUCUGACUGAGCUCCUGAAAGCUCCUCUGCCGAGUCAAGUGUGUCUGCCUCCUAAAGAUUCAGAAACCAGCACCACGUCACGUUUAAAGCUUUCCUCAAAUCUGACAACGAAAGAAACGUUCCCCCACGCCGCUUCCAUAUCCUCCUUCGUUUCCCCCUUCUUUACCGCCACCUCCUUCUCCUUCUCCUUUUCCUCCUCCUCCAUCAGCAGCGACACACCUUCUUCAGUGGAACUCUGUAAGAAAAGACUGCUAAAACGAGGGGCAGAUGUCGAGGUUGACAAACUGAAACCGUCGUCCGGGAAGGCACAUCUACCACCGUGCCGAGUGUGUGGGAGUCAAGCCACGGGCUUCCAUUUCGGCGUGAACUCCUGCGAGCAGUGCUACGAGUUCUUCCGCCGAGCCAUCCGCAAGAAGGAUCUGCUUACGUGCUGUAUCAAGAAGGAAAAGUGUCGGCUUGUUGAGGGGACCAGCAAAGGAGGCUGUAACUAUUGCAGACUGCAACGAUGUCUGAAAGGGGGAAUGUCUACGGAAAAAAUCAAAACUGGAAGAUAUUCCCAGAUAAAGAUUGCCCACGACUUCGAAGAAAUGAAGAGGCUCGUUUGUAACAAGGAGACGCAUCACGAAGACAUCUUUGCCCACUUUCAGCACAGCAUUGUCUUACUUGAGAAAACUGGAUCUGAGUUCCCCGGACUGGAUUUGUUGGAGGACUUGGACGUUCUGGAACAAAAGCAGAAAGUUUUCCACAAGGUGUACACGCGCAUCAGGAGUCGUAACUGUCCUUCUUUGAACAACUUGACAAUCAAGAAAACGGGUGAUCAAGUACGCUGCACUAUCACAACGAUAACUGAAAAUGUUGUUUACCCCGGCGUGACGGAGUUUAGUGCAGAGACUUUGCAAAAUAUCCAACGUCGUCUCGGGGACUUGGUUGGUUUUUGCAAGGGGAUCCCGGGUUUCUCCGUAUUGUCUCUCAAGGACCGCAUGACGCUCGUGAGACGCUCGUGGCUGGAAAUCUUCAUGCUUGGAUCCACGGCUGGGGGGAUCAACGAGUCCUUGGAGGUGGCUACAGGGCCUGGAGGUGACACCUUCCAUUUUGACCUAGUGAUUGAGAUGACUACUUCAGCUCACUUUCGAGCCGUCCUCGCACUCUCGAGGAAGAUACAAAAACUUCAAUUGACAAGAAGGGAACUGCUUAUUUUGAAGGUAAUCGCCCUUACAUUGUCUAAUGACGUCAUCCUGGAAGACAAGACGAAGGUGGAAGAACUGAACUGGUACUACGUCCAGUGUAUGCACCAAGAGCUGGACCGUCGCUUUAGGCCGCAGGGGGAGUCCAGUGUUCUCAAGGCCCGGGUCACCUUCACCGCUAUGGUCUGCCUACUGGUGGAGAUGCGCAGAGUGUCCGUGUCGUUCCAAGUGAUGACGGGACAGGACCAGUAUUUCAAGAACCUUGUGAAUGGGUCGGGUUAAGAACAAUAUAAUAAUACAUCAUCAUCAUCAUCAUAAUAAUAAUAAUAAUAAUAAUAAU